AUGCGUCUUCUAUUGAUUCUAUUAAUUAUCGGUAUAAUAUUCUCCAUCUUUGUCGACGCAAAAACGAAGAAACGCGGCAAAAGAAAAGUGAAGGGGAAGGACAAAGGAGCCGCAAAGGCUGGGAAGAAGUGGCAACCCGCUGGAUCGAAUCAACCCUGCGAGCGAGAUUGGGAUUGCCCAAAGGGUUCUGGCGAGAUUUGCAUCUGGAAGAAGUGCAUCGAGCAGCCGAGUUCGAAUUAUCAUGAUGAGCUU